AUGAUCGGACCGGCAGCAUUUACUACUCUGCGAAUAUACUCGCUCUCGGCCAAGAACAGGAUCCUGGGCGGAGUCGCACUAGUGCUGAGCAUGACACCCAUUCUCAUCAACGCGACCGCUGCAUACCAGCGAUUGCCCAUCAACCUCCCCGCCCCGUUGAACUGUGAAAACGGCAACACUGGGAGCGCGGGAUUUAACAUUGGGUGGGUUUUCUUUCUCAGAUCAUACUCGUCGUGUAUUGUGCUUACUCGUCGGUAUGGCAGAUUAUCCAUUGCCUCAAGAGGUUCUCUUAUCCUCGUGGACUCGCUAGCCGUCGCCGUUACCUGGUGCCAAACGCGUGCGGCGAUCCAGCUGAGAACAGGUACCCUGAAGCGGCUUUCCCUUGAGCAGGUUAUGUGGGAAAAUGGGGCUAUAUAUUUCUGGUCCGCUGCCAAUUUAUUCAACACCGCCGCUCGUCCCCUGACGAGCCCGUCUGUGCUCGAACAGACCAAGGAUCGUCCUACGCUGUGGCGCUCAUUGACCCGUACGGCAAUCUCCCUGGCUGCCUCGUUGCUGCCUUUGCUUACCCGCACGGCGGAACAUGUCAACAGCAUCACAUCCAUAUUGAACGGCCGCUUUCUGCUCGCACUUCACGAGACGAACGCCCGGUUGGAAGGGGCGGUGGGCGCAUCCAUAUCCUCCCUCUCCCUCGGCACCGUGAGCGGCGACGAUCCGGGGGCAGGCCCGUCUAUGCUCCCGCAAUUCCUCGGUCCGAUCGGCGGCCCCGUCCACUCAUUCGACGACGAUUCGGAUGAUGACAACCUCGACGACGACGUGGAAUCGGUAGACUUCGCACAGCCUUCGCAGGCUAGGUCGCAGUCACCUGAGUUCGAAGUAGGAGAGUGA